ACUCAAACUCCCUCCCUCCCUCCCUCCCUCCCUAUCUUGUUUCUAAACCACUUUCAGUAAGCAGACUUUGGUUUAGAAUCACUAUUAUCCCCUUCUCUCUCUUCCCACUUUUUUAUGGUUUUUAUUAUUGGGUUUAUGGAUUUAUUGGUUUUGCUUCAUGGGUAUUUGGUAUAAUUAGUAUUGCUUCAUGGGUUUUUUAUUUUAGUGGCUCAGCUUGAUGGGGUGUUGAGAAAGCUGGUGUCUUUUUGCGUGUCUUGUUGUUUAGUUUAGAGGUACAAGUUGAAUAUUAUAAGAUGGCUGGGGCUUUGAGGAAAAUUUUGCCGUUUAGGUCUGCAAUUCAGGUAGAAAAGGAAGACGAAGACAAGCAUAACAGUUUUGAAUUCUCAUUUGCUGUGGUAUAUUCUGGUCCUCUGGUCACUUAUGAUGUUCCUCGAGCAGUGCCUGUCGAUUUAAAGCAGAUCCCAGUUGCUUCUCCCGUGAUUGGCUCAGGCUCUUUGACGAGUGAUGUGUCAUUGCCAGUUGUACAGCCUAUUGUAAAGUCUAACAGGAAACUGUCCGAGAAGCCAAAUUUAGUCUCGGAUCGGACUGUUUGCUUAGACACAGAUGCGGUCAUGAACGGAAAUGGUAUGCCAUGUGAAGCAUCUAGGGUAGAUGACUCGAGUGCUUCGCAUUGUGCAAAUGAUGAUGAGUGUAGACCAAAAUUAUCUGAUGGAAUACGAAGUUCUGGUAGAUUGGAUUUUCGCAAUGGUUCUGUUGGUUCUGGUGAAUUACCAGGAAGCUUGGAAGUGUCGGAAUUGCCUGACGGUAACGAAUAUGCAGGUCAAGACUCUCGUGAAUAUAUGAAUCCCACUAAUUCUGAAUCAAUAGAAUCUGAAAGCUCACACAGUAAUUCAUCUGAGAUUUUUUCUUGCCAAGAGGAGGAUCAUAAUGAAGAAGCUCCUGGCCAUGUCAGAAAGACAUCAAUUGUAACUUUCCGUGAUCCCGAAUCAAAUGACGUAGUGGACAAUGAAUCUGAUGUACAUGACACUGACAGUAGUGUCCCUGGGAGGCAUAUAGCUGUAAGGCGUGGGAAGAAAGGGACCUGCUAUCGAUGCAUGGAGGGAAGCAGGCUUACUAAUAAGGAGGUUUGCAUUGUUUGUGGCGCAAAGUAUUGUUCAAGUUGUGUGAUAAGAGCAAUGGGAUCAAUGCCAGAAGGAAGAAAGUGUGUUACUUGCAUUGGUCAAAGGAUUGACGAGUCAAGGCGAAAGAGCUUGGGUAAAUGCUCUUGGAUGCUAAAGCAUCUAUUUCCUGUCGUCGAAGUUAAACAGAUAAUGGUUUCUGAGAGAUCAUGUGCGGUGAAUCAGCUACCACCAGAACUCAUUUAUGUAAAUCGACAGCGUCUUUCUAAACAGGAGCUAUUCCUACUGCAGACCUGCCCACACCCACCCAAAAAAUUAAAACCAGGAUACUACUGGUAUGAUAAAGUAUCUGGUUUUUGGGGAAAGGAAGGACGGAAGCCUUGUCAAAUAAUCAGUCCCCAAUUGACUGUCGGGGGUCACAUCCAGGCAGAUGCUAGCUAUGGAAAUACUAACAUAAUGAUAAAUAAUCGCAAGAUAACUACAACAGAGCGCUUAAUGCUGCGGCUGGCAAAGGUGAAAUGUGAAGGAGAAACUCACCUGUGGGUUAGUGCAGAGGGUGAUUACCAGGAAGAGGGAAUGAAUAACGUAAAAGGGAAAAUAUGGACAAAGGCUGGAGCAAAGCUAAUAUGUGCUGUCCUGUCUCUGCCAACUCCUCCUGAUUUUACCAGUCCUAGUGCGGAGGGAGUGAAUGAUGUAAUGGCAAGCGACCUUGAGCAGAAAACACUUCAUAAGCUUCUUCUAGUUGGUUCUGAAAAAUCUGGCACAUGUACCAUAUUUAAACAGGCAAAAAUUGUAUACAACAUUCCUUUUUCUGAAGAUGAGCGUCAAAGUAUCAAGUCUAUUAUUCAAUGCAGUUUGUAUGGCUAUAUGGGUAUGCUGCUUGAAGGGCGUGAAAGAUUUGAAGAAGAAUGCUUGAUUGAUAAAAGAAGGAAGUUUGUGCACCAACAUAGUUCUUCAGUCUCAACUGUUAAUACAGGUCAGAUUGACCGUAAAACAAUAUAUUCUAUUGGACCAAGACUGAAAGCUUUCUCGGAUUGGCUCCUCCAAGUAAUAGUGUCUGGUAAUUUGGAAACCAGUUUCCCUGCUGGUGAAUACGCACCUUUAGUUGAGGAAUUGUGGAGAGAUGGAGCCUUUCUAGCCACAUACAACAGGAGGAACGAACUAGAAUUGCUACCAAGGGCUGCCACUUAUUUCCUAGAACGGGCCGUUGAGAUUGCAAGGCCAGACUACCAGCCAUCUGAUAUGGACAUCUUGUAUGCUGAGGGAAUUAGCUCAUCCAAGGGGCUUUCUUGCAUGGAAUUUUCAUUUCCCAAGCUGGCUCAAGAUUGCUGCGAGAACUUUGGCUAUCAGCAUGAUCCCUUGCUGAGGUAUCAACUCAUCAGAGUUCAUCCCACAACCCUCGGAGGAAAUUGCAAAUGGCUGGAGAUGUUUGAGGAUGUUGAUAUUGUCUUAUUUUGUGUUUCAUUGAUUGAUUAUGAUGAGUUUUCUGAAGACAACAACGGAGUUCCCAUCAACAAGAUGAUUGCAAGCAGGCAGCUAUUUGAACGCAUUGCCACUCAUCCAACCUUUGAAGAGAAGAAGUUCCUUCUUAUACUGAAUAAGUUUGACCUGCUCGAGGAAAAGAUUGAACAAGUUCCGCUGACACGAUGCGAAUGGUUUCAUGACUUCAAUCCUGUGAUGGGCAAUAAUCCCAACAGCAGCAGAAGUACCAACUCUCCAUUGGAACUCCGUGCCUUCCAAUAUAUUGCGGUAAAGUUCAAGAGAUUGUUCAAUUCUCUUACUGACAGGAAGUUGUAUGUUUCAAAAUGUACUGGUUUGGAACCUGAUAAUGUUGAUGAAGCUCUCAAAUAUGCAAGAGAAGUUCUGAGGUGGGAGCAAGAGGAACCUAACUAUCACAACAACGAGCUAUCUUCUACUAGCAUAGAGGCAAGUUCAUCCUCAUGAUCAACAAUGUUGUAAUCACAUGGUUCAGCCUGGAGAGAAUAGGGGCCUGCCUGAUAUUAACAACAUUUCCUUCAUUUUUAUUUUUAUUUUUGUAUAUUAUUCAUGUAUGCCAAUCAUGUAUAGGACAGGAGAAUCGAAAUCAAAUUAUAGAUAUUUCAAACGUGCAAGAAA